AUGGGGAGAUUUGAAGCCAGAAUCAAGCGACCCAAGCUCCAGUGGGACGCGGAGCAGGGCCACCCAGACAGAAGACGAGGGGACCCCUGGAGCAAGAGGAAGGCGCGGGGCCGGGGGCGCACGGAGAGCGGAGCGGCGCCGGAGGAGCCCCCUCGGCCGGGGCGUGAGGAGCUGCGGGGCGCGCAGCCGGGCUCGGAGCGGCGAGAUCUAGUCAGCAUGGCAGAGCCUCGGAGCUGCCUCCUGUGCGCGCUGCUGCUGCUGCUGCUCGAGACAUGUUCAGGUUCUGGUUCCCUGAGCCCAAACCAAGACCCUGACCCAGAGGGAGAGCAGGACUGCCUGAGAGCCAGUGAGUAUUGUGCCCGGGAUGCCGGCUGCAGCGCCCGCCUCCGCACCCUUCGCCAGUGUUCAGCUGGAGAUGGGGCAGCCAGGUUGGGGCCUGAUGCCCGAAAUCAGUGCCAGAGCACGGUCCAAGCUCUGCUGUCCAGUACUCUCUCUGGUUGCCGAUGUCGCCGGGGCAUGAAGCGGGAGAAGGACUGCUUGGGUGUGUACUGGAGCCUGCGCCACACCUUUCCGCAAGGAAUGAUGCUAGAAAGUUCCCCCUAUGAGCCUUUCGUUAGAGAUCUGGACUACGUUGGAUUGGCAGCUAUUACAGCAGUCUGGCGAAGUUUCGAAUCCCCUUCUCUGAAUGAUGCUCUUAAAUGCAUCAAAUACUCGUUUGAAAAUGGCACCGGCUCCCGGGCUCCCCGCUGGGGCCCACACCUAGGACGAAGCUUCCCGCCCCGGAGGAGAUGCUUUUCGGGGAGCCGGGGGCAGCUUGUAAAUCUGGCCUCGCUCCGCCCCCAACUGUUCGACGCAGGAUCCGAGGGCCAGAGCUCGUCCCCGCGAGGGAACCGCUGCCUGGACGCGGCCAAGGCUUGUAACGUGGACGGCCUGUGCCAGCGGCUGCGCGCCGACUACGCGGCCCUGUGCCUGCGAGCCGGGGCCCGCGGCUGCCCCCGUGCCCGCUGCCACCGGGCCCUGCGCCGCUUCUUCGACCGGGUCCGGCCGGCACUGAGCCACGCGCUGCUCUUCUGCCCCUGCGGGCCCGGGGACGCGGCGUGCGCGGAGCGCCGGAGGCAGACCAUCGUGCCGGCCUGUUCCCACGGCCCCGGCCCCCGCCCCGCGGCCCGCGCCGCCCCCGCCGCCGCCCAGCCCAACUGCCUGGCGCCGCUGGACGCUUGCCGCCGGGGCUACGUCUGCAGGUCCCGGCUGGCCGAGUUCCAAGCAGCCUGCCGGCCGUCCCUGCUCACCUCCAGCGGAUGCAUCCACGAGGAUUCUCCCAGCUGCCUGUGGGCCUACACUGGCAUUGUGGGAAUUGAGCGCUGCUGUCACGGGGGACAAGCAGCCUUUUUUCUUCUCUUCCCAGGGACCCCCAUCACACCCAACUAUGUGGACAAUGUAAGCACUGCUGUGGCUCCGUGGUGUAGCUGCAGGUCCAGCGGGAACAGGCUUGAAGAAUGUGAGACCUUCUUGGGGCUCUUUGUGGAGAACCCCUGUCUCCAAAAUGCUAUACUGGCUUUUGGCAAUCAGACAGCUCUAAGCUGGGGCUCCUCUGUCUUUCCACCUGGAACAUAUCUGCAAGAAUCCCCUGGGCCCGGACGCAGCCUCUUCAACCAACUGAAGCCCCCACAACCCACCCGGGUAUCAGGUGAAAGCAGGCCUUCUACAGGGGGCUCUCCAAGGCUUUGGGGGGCUCCAGGCUUGACUCUCCCCAGGGAUCAACUGUUCCUUACAGCGCUGGCCCUCUGGUUGCUGCCUUGACUAGGCCAGCUGGCAGAAGACAGAAUGAGUGAUCGUAUUUGUAUCCAUUCUUUUCCAGUGGAAUGGCGUAGUGGAAUGUGAGUCAAAGAGAAGCAGGGAUGUAGAGAAGCAAGGGGUCGCCCUUGAAUUGUCCCUGACCCUCCCUAACUUCAGAUCUCUAGUGGUCUGUGGUCCAGACCCUUCCUACCCUUCUCUCUUGAUACAGUACAAAGAGGAAGAGCUGGGGGACUUUGGGGAAUGACUCAGAGGGCAGAGAAGACAUCCCAUCCUGGAGACGCUGGACUGGAAAUGCUCAGAACCACUUGCCUCCUCUCCUGGGGGCUGGCCUUAAUUCUUGUAUUCUGAGGUCUAGAACUGGAAUUUAAAACUCCUUGAAGGCAAGGGCUGCACACAGUAGGCAAUUAAUAAAUGCUCAUUGGUUGAAGUGAUAGGCUAGCAGGAUUUGAGAACUGCAAGGCAUUCUAGAGAUCAUUUUCCUCAUUUUAUAGAUGAAGAAGAUGAGACCUGUGGCUUGGUGUAAUGCAUAGAGCUGUGGCCAGUCAGGAGAUCCAGGGGAGUAUCAUCCCUGCCUCUCAUUAGCUAUACGAUCCUGGGCAAGUCAAUUGCAUUCUUGGACCCAAUUUCCUCAUCUUAAAAUGGGGAUAAGCUUAGAUUUAGAUAAAUCUUAGAAAUUAAAACAAAAAAAUUUUUUAAAUUUCUCUUAUCUCUAUAGUCCUAUGACCUAAUUACAAUUUUCACUUCACAGGACUGUUGUGAGGAAAGUACUUUGUAAACAUAGAAGCCCAACAGAAAACAGCUAUUUUGAACCUGUUGGAAGAAGAGUGGGCGACAGCCUGCUGGUACAUGGCAUGAAGAGGCAUUUGCACAAAUAGAAGGCCAGGAGGCAGGUGUAGACAACAGUGGCCCUGAAAAAAGAUGGGGGUUUUUGUCACUGUGAGUCAGCAGUGUAACAUGGCAGACAGAAAUGCCACAUUAGUCCAAACUGCAUUUAGGGGGGGCCCAGCCUCAGGUGUUAGCUUCUGGGCACAACAUUUCAGGAAAAACACUGAUGAUCUGGAAUGAGUGUAAAGGAGGACGGGAUUGACUCGGAAAAAAGGAUUAGUUCGAUUCUGCUCAUUCUCAAAAGGUAGAAUUAGGAGUGGGAAAAGGGUAAGGGAAUAGGAGGAUGGGCAGGGAGUGGGGCAGAGUGGGGAGGGGAAGCAGAUUUCAGUUUAUAUUAAGGAAAAACAAAUGAUUCUGCUCAUGAAAAAAGGGAAUGGGCUUCGGGUGUGAUUAGAGUAUCCUUUGUCACAGGACUUUUUAAAAGCAUAGGCCAGAAGACCACUGUCUGCGAUGUUUUAGAAAGGCCCUAUUUAAGGACUGGCUGCACUAGAGACCCCCAAAGUCUCUUCCAGGUGGCAGAGGGGUGAGAGAUUGGGCUAGAAGAGUGAACCAAUUGUCUCCUUUUUGAGGCAACUUUUCUGAGUGGUGUGGGAUAAAGAAGAAAGGGGGAGGAGAGGGAUGUAAGGUGUGCCUGGGAGGAAGUACUGGCAUUGAUCCAGUGAAAGGGUAAAGCUUAGGGGGAAUAUAAUAUUAAAAUAGAACACUUGUAAUUUUUAAAUUUGUUCUUUCUAGGAGGUUUUUUUUUUUUUUUUUUUUGGUAUGGGGGUGGAUGUUUUUAUUUUUAAAGCACAAGGAUUUUUUAACCUUUUGUUUUUAAGUUUUAAAUUCAGGGACUUUUUUUCUUUAAAUAAAGAAAAUAAAAGUCUUAACACUUAAUAAAAUAGAAUCAAAUCAAGGCAGCAAAUGAUAAGAUACAAUGUUGGUCCAUCCAGUGUUGAUUUGUGUUACAUCUCGUGCCAUUUAAUUUCAUUAGUGCUUUAAUGUGCUUUCCUCCGAACAGCCACAUCAGAUGAUCAGGGCAGUGGUUAUUAUCUCCAGUUCACUAAUGGAGUAACUGAGACCUAGUGAAGGAAGUGAUCUGCACUGUGACCAAGUGAGUCAUGGCAGGAACCAGGGCUUGUCCUGACUCUUUCAAGCACACAUUGGAUUAUUCCUGUGAGACUUGGACUUCUAUUUUUUUCACACUCCCCAACUCCUUUCUGAAUGGUCACACAUGGGCCCCCAAACUCACCUGCCUAAAGGCAGGACUUCCUGAGAGCUGGUGCCAGUUCCAUGUACAUGAGGGACUUCUAAGCUCACCUGCCCAUGUAUGUCUGUCAGUCUCCUCCACUUUCUCUCUAUUUCUGUUUGUCUACCUGAGUAUCUGGCUGUCUCUUCCAGUCUUUUCUCCUCUCUCUUUCUUCCUUCCUUCCUUUCUCUCUUCCUCUCUCUUUCCUUCCUCUCUCUGUCUCUAUUUGUCUCUUUUCCCCUCCAUUCUCUCUGUCUCUCUCCCUGUCUCUCUCUCUCCCUCUGUCUCUUUCCUUCCCCUCUCAAUCUCUGUUUCUUUCCUCUUCCUUUGUUUUUCUCCCUCCUCUUUCUCCUCUUUCUCUCCCUCCUUCUCUCUUUCCUUCCCCUGUCUCUGUCUCUCUUUCUUUCCUCCUUCCUCCGUCUGUCUGUCUCUCCCACCUCUUCUCUUGGUCUCUCUCCCUCCCUCCACACACAGACAGUUUCCUAUUCCAGAAGUGUGUUUGGGAUAAUCAUGCUCCCCCAAGGCAGCCUUGGGAAAACAAUCAGAGCUAACGUUUAUCUUGUGCUUAUUUUCUGUGGGAAGCACUGUGCUAAGUGCUUCUCAUUAUAAUUCUUUUUGAUUAUUACAACAACCCUGGGAGGCAGGUGCAUGAGGAAACUGAGGCAAACACAAGUUAAAUGACUUGUCCUGAGUCACAGAGCUAGCAAGUGUGAAUCAGGAUUUGAACUCAGGUGUUCCUGGCUUCAGAUCUGACACUUUCCCCACUGUUGCCACUUAGCUGCCCACAGAUUCCGUUUUUUGACUACUAUGUCAUAUUGCUGACUGAUACUUGACAGAGGAAGACACUAAGUCUCAUAACUGGAGUUAAUGUGUCCAUGGUUACUGUUAGUUGAAGAAGCAAAGACUCCAAAGUCAGUGCUCUAUUCACUGAAUCAUACUGCCCUUAGCAAGGAGUGGGUUCCAUCUUUGGCUAUGUCUUCAUUUUCCCUUAGUAAGGUGCU